GUGAGCUUUUAUGAUGAGAUAGGAACUUGGCGACUGGUGCAUUGCCUUGUAAGCAGUUCCAGCUCGUAGUUUGUCGACAAGGGUCCCUUCUAAAAGCGCCGCAAAAACAUGAACCCUGAUCAGGCUGCUCAGGCAGCUCAGCUGCCUAGGCGUAUUAUUAAGGAGACCCAGAAAUUGCUUAGCGAACCUGCUCCUGGCAUUAGCGCCUCGCCGUCGGAGGAGAACCUGCGCUACUUCAAUGUCAUGAUACUGGGCCCCCAGCAGUCGCCCUAUGAGGGCGGCGUCUUUAAGCUGGAGCUCUUCCUUCCCGAGGAUUACCCCAUGGCGCCCCCGAAGGUCCGCUUCCUCACCAAGAUUUACCACCCCAACAUUGACAAGCUGGGCCGCAUCUGCCUGGACAUCUUGAAAGACAAGUGGUCCCCGGCGCUCCAGAUCCGCACGGUGCUACUCAGUAUCCAAGCCCUGCUGUCGGCGCCAAACCCCGACGACCCGCUGGCCGACAACGUUGCAAAGCACUGGAAGGAGAACGAGAAGGAGGCGAUUGCCACCGCCCGCCAGUGGACUGCGCUCCACGCCCAGGGCUAAGCUACUCGGUGGAUGCUAGAAGGCACAGCACGGAGCUAGAGACUAGCGGCUUAGGCUGGAAGUGCUCUUAAUGCAGUGUGUUUUGGGUGUUGCGGUUUACGGGUGGAGGAAUGGAUUAUCGAGCAAAUGGGUGCCUGCGUGAAAUAUUCUUUCUGCGUUUUGUUGAAGAAGGACUAGGCGUAGGAUGGGGCAGGAUGGGGCCGGUAAAGGGUGUUGCGAAGUGCUUACCCUGGUGCAGAUAGAGUUAUUAUUUGCUUUUCUUGGCUAUCUGCAAAGCAUGUUGCCAAGGACUGUACACACUUUACUUUGGCUUGCUUUACCAGAGUUACGACUGUAACGUACUGUACGGCACAUGACGGCUCCCUCUUGUACUAUGUUGUUAGCAACUAUACUCGCAAGGAAUUUAUUCCUACAGCCAGAAGCGCUCAUAUAUAGCAACAAAGCUUACUGGUCUUAGGCUUUCGACUGUCUUGGAAGCUAGAUCAUCCUUUACUUAGCAUUUGGCGCGGACUUACAGACCUUACACCUACCUGUGUGCUUCUGCUCAUAGAGACUCAGAAAAAUGAUGCCAAUGAUGGGUAUGCAACCCCAGAUCAUUCUCUUGAAAGAAGGGACGGAUACUAGCCAGGGCAAGCCCCAGCUUAUCAGCAACAUCAACGCGUGCAUGGCGGUAGUGGACACAGUUCGAACGACGCUUGGUCCCCGUGGAAUGGACAAACUGAUCCAUGAUAACAGGGGUGUUACUAUAUCGAACGAUGGCGCGACUAUCAUGAAGCUGCUCGACAUUGUGCAUCCGGCUGCCAAGAGCUUGGUGGACGUGUCACUUGCACAAGAUGCAGAGGUUGGCGAUGGGACAACCAGCGUGGUAAUCCUGGCCGGCGAGUUCCUCAAGGAGGCGAAGCCCUUCAUCGAGGAGGGUGUUCACCCACGCAGCCUGAUCAAGAGCUUCCGCCAGGCCUCUGUGCUGGCGGUGCAGCAGCUGCGUGCGCUGGCCAUCAGCCUGGAGGACAAGCACAUGGAGGAGAAGAAGGACCUGCUCAAAAAGUGCGCCAUGACCACCCUCAACAGCAAGCUGGUGAGCGGCGAGAAGGAGUUCUUCGCGCAGAUGGUGGUUGACGCGGUGUCGGUGCUGGACCCCUCCUCCCUGGACCUCAAGAUGAUCGGCAUCAAGAAGGUGCAGGGAGGCGGGCUGCGCGACUCCUUCCUGGUGGACGGAGUGGCGUUUAAGAAGACCUUCUCGUAUGCGGGCUUCGAGCAGCAGCCCAAAUCCUUCAGCCAGCCCAAGAUCCUGGUGCUCAACAUCGAGCUGGAGCUGAAGGCGGAGAAGGAGAACGCGGAGGUACGGCUGGACGACCCCGCCAAGUAUCAGUCCAUCGUGGAUGCGGAGUGGAACAUCAUCUACGACAAGCUGGCCAAGUGCGUCGCCAGCGGGGCUAACAUCGUGCUGUCAAGGCUGGCGAUUGGAGACCUGGCCACGCAGUACUUUGCGGACCGCAACAUCUUCUGCGCGGGUCGUGUGGACAGCGGUGACAUUGAGCGCGUCACCAAGGCCACGGGCGCCAAGGUGCAGACCACCGUCAACAACCUGGACCCGCGGGUGUUGGGGACCUGCGAGCGGUUCGAGGAGCGGCAGGUGGGUGCGGAGCGCUACAACCUGUUCAUGGGCUGCCCCGAGGCGCGCACCGCCACACUGGUGCUGCGCGGCGGCUCGGAGCAGUUCAUUGACGAGGCGGACCGCUCGCUGCAUGACGCCAUCAUGAUUGUGCGCAGGGCGCUCAAGCAUGCGCAGAUUGUCCCCGGUGGCGGCGCCAUCGAGAUGGGUCUCAGCAAGUACCUGAGCGAGUACAGCCUGCAGUUCAGCAACAAGUCCCAGCUGUUCAUCAAGGCUUACGCCAAGGCGCUGGAGGUCAUCCCCCGCCAGCUCUGCAACAACGCUGGCUUCGACGCCACUGAUGUGCUCAACCAGCUGCGCCAGAAGCACGCGCUGGCGGACGGAAGCGGCAAGAACUUCGGCAUGGACGUCAACACUGGGGGCGUGUGCGAUACGUACGAGGCGUUCGUGUGGGAGCCCGCACUCGUCAAGAUCAACGCCAUCCAGGCCGCCACGGAGGCAGCCUGCCUGAUCCUCUCGGUGGACGAGACGGUGCGCAACCCCAAGAGCGAGGUGCCGGAUGCGGCCAGCGGCGCGGCGGCGCAGGCGGCCAUGGCGGGGGGGCGGGGACGGGGGCGGGGGGGCAUGCGCGGGCGUGGCAUGCGGCGGUGAGGUGUGAACGUGGAUGGUGCGAGGGGCAGCAGUGGCGGUGAGGGGAGCCGUGGAUACGGUACUUGGAGGAGGGGGGAUGCGGGAGGGGCAUGCAUGCUGCCAGCAUGGGGAAGGCGGCGUGGUGGUGUGGGUGUUCCAUGCGUGCUUCUUGGGGCUGCCCGCGGGUUGUGGCGCUGGAGACCGAUGGCGGUGGAGGAUUGGGAAGGGCGUGUGUGAACUGUUGUGUUAGGUGGUAAGCUGCAACAGGCAGGGAAGUAAGAGGAGUUGGAAGCGGAGGGAAUGCGGAACGGGAGGAGGAAAAGGAGGCUGGAAGGGGCUUUGGCAGGGCUCCUCGUUUGCUGGCUUGUGCUAAUUUACAUGUGCCUUUGCGUCGUCCUUGUCCUGUGCGGCUGGCGGUUGGUGAACGGGUGAGCGUUGGUGAGAGAUAUGCAAUGCAGCAGGGGUGGGGCAUGCGGGCUCUUGAGCACGGAAGCGCAGGUACAUGGAGGUGGGGUCAUGGUACAUGGGGUACAUGCAUAUGGAUAUGGUUUGAAGGCUUGUGCGCGGCCCAUAUCCCAUGUGGCUGCGAGGGAAGAGAGAGGGAAAACACCCUUGGCUGCGGAGGGAGCUGCAGGUGUUGCCAUGCCGUACCGUGUGUGUCAUGUGGUGUGCGGGAGUAGUGUUGUUGCCGCUGUCUGUGAUGAGGAGGUAGCGGCGUUCGUAGUGCGAGCGCCAAUGCGUUGUCGCGUCAUGGAGCAGGAUGCGAGGAACCGCUGCUGUAAAUGACUGCCUCGGUAUGGCUAAAGGGUGCUUGAGAGUCAAGUGCCUCGCUUAUUUCUGAGACGGGUACGCGCAUAAGGAGGCGUGGCUGCCCGCACACUGCCGGGCGGGCGGGCGCCAGGUGGAGGUCCGUUCGGGUUAGCUUCUUACUGUUAGCCGCCAUAAGCGGGAAGCGGUUGAGGAUGUACGAGUAUGCUUCGUACACCAGUACAAUUUCUAUCGAGACUGUUAACAGCCUUAUCAAUCGCUCGUAGUGUUUCAAGGCAGGGAAGUUGCACCGGUCUGCGUUGGUCAUGGCGACAUGGGGCUAGAAGACGGGAUCGUAGCACACCUACUGUGCUAGCCAGGAUAAAACGCAAUAUCCGGUUGCAUAGUGAUUAGGUAUUGAUUUGGCAUUGUGCGUGAUUAUCUGCCAUUAAAAGCCGGGCUAGCAAUGUGCUUCGUUCUCAGGAGUUAGGAAGCCACAGACCCAGAAUUAGUUGACCGAACUAUAAUCUUAUUUGCAAGACGUGUAUGAUGGUUGUGUUAGCUUUCCUGCUGGUAACGUGCCAGUUAGCGCUGGUCAGUGUGGGCCAUGCCACCAUCAGCGCCCAACCCCUACGCCAGUCUGGAGGCUUUAUUUUGCCUUUACAACAGCGGGAGCACCAAACAUGGCGGCGGCAUUUGUUGCGGAGUGGUACAAUGCGCGUGCAAGGCGGGGUACGCGAGCUAGGGUACUUUUACGCAAACCUGGUGAUUGGAACCCCAGCACGCACGUUUAGCGUCAUCAUAGAUACGGGUAGUACGGUAACCUACGUGCCCUGUAAAACCUGCGCGAAAUGCGGACAUCAUCAGUCCGAGUGGUUUGACCCGGACAGCUCCUCCACCGCCCGGCGACUGGGCUGCGGUGAGCCGCUGUGUAACUGCGGCUCGCCGGGCUGCCUGUGCACCAACAACAUGUGCUACUACCGGCGAUACUAUGCCGAGGGCAGCAGCAGCGAGGGAUGGCUCAUCCAAGAGGCCUUCCACUUCCCCGACCCGCAGCCGCCCGUCCCGCUGGUGUUCGGCUGUGAGAACGGCGAGUCGGGCGAGAUCUACCGGCAGAUGGCGGACGGCAUCAUGGGCAUGGGCAACAACAACAACGCAUUCCAGAGCCAGCUGGUGGCACAGGGCGCCAUCGACAACGUCUUCUCGCUGUGUUUUGGCUUCCCCAAGGACGGCGUGAUGCUGCUGGGCGACGUUCCGCUCCCGCCCGGCUCCCCGACCCGCUACACGCCGCUGCUCACCUCACUGCACCUGCACUUCUACAACGUCAAGAUGGAGGGCAUCACAGUGGGCGGGGAGCUGAUGCCGCUGGACACGGCCAUGUUUGACCGGGGCUACGGAGUGGUGUUGGACAGCGGCACCACCUUCACCUACCUGCCCUCCGUCGCCUUCACCUCCAUGGUCAAGGCGGUGGGCGACUGGGCGGAGGCGCGGGGGCUGAAGCGCUCGCCGGGAGCUGACCCGCAGUACAAUGACAUCUGCUGGAAGGGCGCCCCCGACGAUUUCUCGCAACUGGAUCAGUACUUCCCGCCCGCGGAGUUCAUCUUUGGCGGCGACGUGCGCCUCAACCUGACGCCCAAGCGCUACCUCUUCGCCUCGGGCCCCGGCGUGUACUGCCUGAGUGUGUUUGACAACGGCAACUCGGGGACGCUCAUCGGAAGCGGCAGCAUGCUGGACGUCAUCGUGACGUACGACCGGCGCAACAGCCGCGUGGGCUUCACCCUGAUGAGCUGCGCGGACCUCUCCGCAGCCCUGGCGGCACCGGCUGUCACCCAGCAAGGCGUCCAGGGAGGCACGAGCUCGAACGUGACGGUGCUGUCAUCGCCACCGCUUUCGCCGCCGCCACGGCCGCCGCCGUCACCAGCUCCCAUGCAGGCUUUGACGCUGCCGACACAGCAGCAGCAGGGGCAGCAGCAGCAGGGGCUCGACUCGAAUUCUUCAUCCGUAC